ACAAUUAACAGAAUUCAAAGUGCGUAAUACAGGACGGUCACAACGUGCCUGUGUGGAGCAGCGACAGAGCUGGAAGGCCACGUCUCCGACUGCCCCUGCAUUCUGCACCAUCAGGAGUUGCUGAAUGAAUGUGCCAUUCAUCCCUCCGUGUUGUUGUUGUCCCCUGUUUGGACUCACAUGGAUAAUUUAAUUGACAGAUGGCUCUCAUUCAGGCCAGGAUAGGCAUGGAGAGAAAAGGGGGAAGGACAUAACAAGUGAGGAUGUCUCCUGGAGUUUGUGUGCACUUGGGACAUUUGUAAAUGAGGACAGGUUAAGGUUUCCUGAAGGUCCUGGAGGAAAUCUGUGAGGAGAGGAUAGAACCUCUGUUCAAAACUUCUUGGAAGGACCAAUGGGAGCUAAAUUCACCAUCUGCUGCUGCCACUACUACCUGAGACACAACAGAGAGGAGAAGAAUGCCAUUCUGCGUAUUCGUAACAAGGCAGCCCCCAGGCCGCCGGACCUGCUGCCCAGUGAGUCCAGUGACAACGACACAGAGGAGGAGAGUCUCUUUGGGCCGGAGACUUCGAGAUGGAGCCCGUCGAGCAACAAGAGCCAGAGGGGGAACUCUGAUCCACCACUGUCCAACACAGACAGAGCCCGCGGUUCUCCCCUCAGGCGAGAAUCUGACAGAGAGUUACAGGCCUUCAUCAGCAUGAGAGACCAGGCUGACAAGGCUACAGAGGAGUGGGAGAAGCUGAAUUAUGACAUACACACUUUGCGCUACGCAAAACGAGAAGUACGAUCUCGAUGGAAGAAAAUCCUGGUGCAGCUAGGGUACCAGUGUGAGGUGGACUCCCUGCUGUGCGUGGACAAACGGAGGUUCAGUCGAGAUCCGGAUCAUCACAACAGAACCACGGAACUGUUGGAACAGCUGCUCGACCACUCCUCUCUGUUCCCUCCUGGGACGGGGCCACAGAACAAAUACCUCUGUGUCAUGGACUGCCUGGUGUCACUGGACAGUGCUGAGGAGUUUGUCAGACUGGCCAAAGAAAAAUAUCCCAAGAAAUGAGGCUGAGGGACAGAGACAGAAAGAAGACAACACAUCUGAGUGACAGAGACAGAAAGAAGACAACACA